AAGCAACAUCCGAGGCCCCAAAGGGUGCCGGGAUCUCUGUACUUCUCUUCCGAGGGGGAGGGGGGAGGGUUUUAUGUAGACUCCACAACAGGAUCAAUAACGCUGUUCACAACGCUAUUCGUUCCAAUUGACGCUAUCAUUCACUUUUCUCUCGCGCUUAUGAUCUGUAGGUUGCUAUUUUUCUUUCAAGGCUUGAAGCAUCAUGAGCGUUGGCUGUAGCAGGAGGAGGAGGAGCUGCAGCAUAAGAGUCGCAACGAGGCGCCGAGAUUGACGAUGGAGGAGGCCGAUGCUCGAGUUGCUGCUGUGGAUCCUGCCGCGGGGCGCCUUCGCCCUCGUCGCAACGGUAGAUUUGACCAUGAGGCGGGACCUAGCAACGUCGCUGGACCUAGUAACGCCGCAGAAGUAGAAGACGGAGAGAUGGUAGGAGAAGAGGAAGAAGCACAAGCAGGGCCAGCACAAGCACAGGGAGCACAAGCCCAAGCAGCUCAAGCAGGACCAGCACUAGCACAAGGAGCACAAGCCCAAGCAGCUCAAGCAGGACCAGCACAAGCACAAGGAGCACAAGUUCAAGCAGCUCAAGCAGGACCAGCACAAGCACAAGGAGCACAAGUCCAAGCAGCUCAAGCAGGACCAGCACAUGCGCCAAACGUCAGGAACAAUCCCGUCAUUCCUCGCUUCGAUCACACGGCCGAUGCGAGAACUCAAUUCCACCAGAGACGCAGGAUAUUCAGGGCAUUGAUACGGCAGUAUCGGAGGAAUCGCAGGGGCGGUCAUGCCGGUUUACGACCGGAUUUGGCAGUCAUGAAGAGGAUGAACGAGGAUGGGAUUUCUUUGCACUGGGGGCAAGUUGGGCCUGUUCCAGGCGUCGAGGUGGGUGACCACUUCAGGUACAGGAGUGAAGUGUAUGUGGUGGGAUUGCACCGCCAGCCUCAAGCGGGAAUUGAUUAUAUUUGGCAGGGAGACGACCAAGUAGCGACCAGUGUGGUACUCUCUGGGGGAUACGCAAAUGACGACAGAGGGAACACUAUUACUUACAGUGGACAGGGCGGGAAUUUCUGCUCAAAGGACAAGCGCCCAGUGCAGGAUCAGGAACCUGUGAGAGGGAAUCUUGCGCUCUUGAAUAGCUCAAGGCUCGACUUGGCAGUGCGUGUAAUUCGGGGUCAUGAGGGUCGCUCGAAUCGGAUUAGCAGGUAUACCUAUGAUGGAUUGUACAGUGUUGCGUCACAUACUUAUGCUACUACCAACUCUGGUUCCAAGGUGUACAAGUUUCGGCUUCUUCGGCUUCCUGGCCAGCCAGCAUUGCCGCCGUAGCGGGUGGUUCAAGCCAAUUGAGUUAGCGUUUCUGGUAGGAAUUCUAUGGAGAGAAAUUGUACAGAAUUGGCGGGUUGGUAGCACGAUUUAGUUUGUGAAGUUCUGCAUUGUAAAAUGUGUGUACAAGCAUGGUCACUGCAAUUCAUUGUUCAAUGAGCGAACGCUACAUCGAAAUCUAAGUCUUACGGGAGCUCAAUUUCAGGGGUUUUUGUUCUUUUGUUCUCGAUUUUUUAGAUUUUUGGCAAAGUGUAGGUACUGUUAGGGUGAAGAGUCGGUGAGACGUAAUUGAUCUAUGAAACUUUUUUCAAACUCUGUUUUGGGUUAUUUCCGAACUUGUAUACAAUUUGUGUAAACAGACAAUGUUCUAUUCCAUCGCACUUGAUUUUCCAAGCUGUGAUCAAUAAAAUUAUUUGCAAUCUUCUCUUUUCA